UGUUGUACCCAGGGUGCAUUGCACUGAAUGGCUGCACAUAAUGCCAGAUGUUUCCAUCCACCCGGGGUCCGAUCUUCAGGUUCCGUUGCAUGCAGUUGUUUACCUUGUAGGGGAAGUGGUGAUACAGCACUCGAGCAAGUCGGAUGCCUGCUGUGACCGCAGCGGAGAGCCCCUUGACCCACUCAUCAGUACCACCCGCCCAUCAUAUCGCCUCUCAGUCCCCGUUUGUUUUGGCACGAGCAGAGCACCCAUCCAGCGCUGGCAUGCAGCAUAGCCUCCAUUCGUCAAGCCAGCCUGCCGUCGUGGAUCAGCGUGCCGCCACGUCCAUUCUGCUGACGGGGCCGUUCCCGCCAUGAGAUAACACCAUUCCACAGAAAUCCCACCUAAAGCCCCCUUUUUGCCCCACAGGUAUUUAUACAGGAGCGUCAGUGUGAGCGGGACAUUCGCACCCGCAGUCCAGUGAUACCUACCGCCUGUGUUCCUUCUCAGGCUUUCCUUUGCCUUUCUAUACGUAACCUAAGUGCCGGCACAGCAAGUCGAGUCCAGCUCUGCGACACAAUGGAUAUUGCCAUCCAGCACCCCUGGUUCCGACGGGCCCUGGGCUCCCUCUACCCCGGCCGUCUCUUUGACCAGUUCUUCGGGGAGGGUCUCUUCGAUUACGACCUCUUUCCCUACACCGCCUCCACCAUCAGCCCCUACUACAGACAUGGGCUGUUCCGCAACCUCCUGGACUCCUCCAACUCGGGCAUCUCCGAGGUGAGGUCUGACAGAGAGAAGUUCAUGGUCUACCUGGAUGUGAAGCACUUCUCCCCCGACGAGCUCAACGUCAAGGUUAUGGACGACUACGUGGAGAUUCAGGGCAAGCAUGGAGAGAGACAGGAUGACCAUGGUUAUGUCUCUCGUGAGUUCCGUCGCCGGUACCGGCUGCCCUCCAACGUGGACCAGUCGGCUAUCACCUGCACGCUGACGUAUGAGGGGCUGUUGACCCUCUCCGCCCCUAAGGUCUCUGCAGGAGCUGAUGCAAUGCGUGGCGACCGCACCGUGCCCGUCACCCGCGAGGAGAAGACCAGCUCCACCCCUUCCUCCUAGGUGGGCGUGGCCUUCUAGCAACAGAGGAUUACAUGGAAGAGAUGAGGGGGAGGGCGAGCAGUUGCAGAGGGGUGGUGCCAUGAGGGUGGAGGAAGGAGUCGGGUCCAUCCAGUGACACCCUCCCUCAAACGUUCUCCCCAACCCUGGGCACCAACUCAUAUAUAUCAGUGUGUAUCUGGUUCAAUAUAUCUCCUUUCAAGUUAUCAGUAUUGUUGUUAUUAUAUGAUUUUAUCAUUAUUAUUAUUAUCAUUAUCAUUUAUUAGUUUGGGGACAGAGGGACUAGGAGGUCAAAAAGCCAGAAAAGAGAUGAUAAAACUCUGCUUACUCACACAUUGCCUCCACACAAAAUGAAAAGGUUUCACCACUACAUCCUUUUCAGAGGGGCAUUGAAACUGACCCCUUACUUGUAGUAGAGGCCCCGUCAUCCUGCUCCACCCCAAAAAUUACAGACGUAGAGAGCGACUCCAGCCUGACCAAGCCUCUCAAAUGGUAUGAUAAUUUCUGGAUUCUGCCUGAAAGGAGGAAGCAGGUACUGGAGAGCUUUCGGGGUUUAUGAGGGAGCUCUCCACAACAGUAGGGGUGAAACAGGACGGGAACGCAUCUCAGCUAACAUUAUGUGCACAGGGUUCGAUCCUUGCAUUUGGUUUAAGAAACGGCCCCUCAGCUGGAUAACCUUGGCAGGCAUCCUUGUCUCCUGUACUCACUCCUCCCCCGACUCAACCCCUUUCCUCUAGAUUGAAAUCUCUCCUGUCCUGUGGAUCUUACUCUGUUAUACCGAUAUCUGGCAGAACAUAGGAGAAAUGUACUAGAACAGGCAAUAAAGUCGUUCAAGUAACAAAAA